UGGUUGCUCCUUCAGUCCUCUCUCUAGGGGUGUGCACUGCAACUGCAACUGUCAGUCUUUCGUAGCACGGCACUGCUGAAGGAUGUGGUCUUGCCAGCGCUUCCUUCUUUUCUCUCAUGAAUGAAUGGAUUCGAUAUUCAGAGAGCCACCGCUCGCACUCAGAGAGAGACGCCAAGAGGCUAUGGAUGUUGGAUCGUAAAGCCAGGGCCCGAGGACGAAGAUGCAGUACACCUCAUGUACAGAGGACAGGAUCCAGCACGCUUUCAACCGGUGCCUGGACGGCCUCAGGAACAGCCCCACAGCGGCGCCUACCUGGAACGUCCUGAUGUGCUCGGCUGGCCAGUCUAUGAAUCGCUGGAGUUUGGAGGAACUGGUGAAGAGAGAGCCAGAGUACUUCCUCAUCCUCCUUCAACAAAUCAUCAGGAGAACGAAAGAGGUUCUGGAGCAAUGUCAAUAUGAGCUGGUGGCUCCCCUGGCUAUCAUGUUCUCCUCCACUUUGCUCCAGACCCCUUACUGCCCGGCGGACACGGAGCUGCUGAAAGAGGCCGUGGAGGUGUUCCGCUGCUUCCUGACGUGGCCCGAGCCGUACUGCAGCGUGUGCAAGAGCCUGCUGUCCACCCUGCACCAGGAAAUCAAGGCACCAGGCAUAUCAUUCCACCGAAUGGUGAGAGAGGAACAAGGAUUGACUACCUCCAGCCAUCGCUCAAAGACAAUCACCGUGCUGCUCAUGAACCCCGGCGAGGUGCCCGCUGACUUCCUGUCUGUGGCGGAGCAGCUGAGCGGCAUCCAGCACUCCCGGAGAGACGUCUACAUCACCCUGGUCAAACACGCCUACCAGGCCGCCAUGGGAACCAAGUACGCCCUCAGCAGCAUCCACCAAGCCCUGCAGGCCAAAAGUGUGGAUGAACUAGAGGAGAUCUUUGCCAUGGUAACUGACAUCCUGGAGACGGCCGCCACCAGCCCUCAGAAAAGCCGAGGUCACGUGACCCAAGAACUGGAGGGACUAAGGGAAAUGAUUGGCAUCCCGGCGUCCAAUGGGAGGAAGUCUGAAGGAAUGCUCCAGACCCUCCCCGUGCCCACAGCCAAGUCCUACAUGUUUCACUGGGACACUGACAACUUUGACAUCCUAAACACGAUUCUGGAGCAGGAGCACGAUUCAGCCGGACUCCCCCCCUCGGAGGAGGACGAAGAGGGGGAGGAAGAGGAGGGCGAUCCGGAUGAGGACGAAGAGGUCGGGGCCGAGGUAUACCUGGAGGAAGGAGAGGAGGAAGAGAGCGGACUCGAGGACUACAACUCCAUGUCCUUCAUCCCCAACGGUUACGACUCGGACCACAGGGCCUCCACCUUGUCCACCGUCUCCUCCCUCUCCACUGCCUCCAAAGACUCCAUGUACUCCACGGUCUCCGUGGCCUCCAGGUCCUCCGCCCCCUCCUACCUCUCCACCGCCUCGGGCGUCGACAGCGACUUUUUCGAGGACCCCGACGACUGCUCCUCCUCCUCCACCUCCUCCUCCACCCUCCCCGCCCACGGCAAGAACUCCAAGUCCGCCAAAGGCCGGCUCAGCCUGCAGUUCCCCCGCUUCCUGCAGUUCUCCCGCAAGCCCCCCAAAAACAUCAACCUGGUCCGGGCCAGAAGCCUGGGAAGCCCGGAGUCCAGGAACCUGCUGGCGGUCACGUCCAAACGGCGCUCCAACUCCCUCCCUCAGCAGGUCCACCUCCGCAGCACGGAGCCCGGGCACCAGACCCUCCGGCACGUGUGCUUCAGACGGAGGCCCAUCCUCAGCAGCGACGAGGACGGGAAGCAGGUGACGCUGAGGGUGGCGGUGUUCGGCGCCGACCACAUGGCGGGCAAGGUGGCGCGGGCGUACAGCAGCCUGAGGAGGAGGGAGGACGAGUGCCCGCACCUCAGCAGGGCCUUCAGGCUGCAGUUCUACUUCGUGCCGGUGAAGAGGGACGGGAACGCCGGAGGGGCGGUGGUGCCGGGGGCCGGGGGGCCGAAGGGCCCCAGUCCGUCUGGGAGUCCGCUGAAAGGAGCCAACCUCAAUCCCCUGUCCACGGAGGACAGCACCAAUGACAUCGCCCGCUUCGUCGGCAUGCUGGAUCCCUGGUAUGAGAGGAACACCCUGAGCCUGCUCAACCUGCCCGCAAGCGUGGUAUGCCAGCAAACGUCCAAGACGGAGUCAGAGUCAUAUGACAACUCAUAUGAACAGCCCCUGCCCAUCCUUGUGGAUUUGGUGCUGUAUUACUGUCGUCAUGCCGACCGCCCUGCACUAAUCCAGCUCUACCAGGCUGAGCUGACGUUAGCGGGCGGAGAGAGGAAGACCGAGGUCCUCAUCCACUCCCUGGAGCUGGGGCACACCGCCGGAACGCGGGCCGUCAAGGCCAUGGGUGCUGCCCGUAAGAGGUUUGGGAUCGAUGGAGACCGAGAGGCGGUGCCUCUAAAGCUGGAAGUUGUUUACAACAGGGUGGUCAUCAGUGGUAGAAGUCUGUGGAAGAGAGCAGAUAAACAGUACACCUCCAUAACCUUGACCAAAGCUUGCAAGAACCCCGAGGAACUAGAUUCAAAGAUGGAGUGUCUGCAGCUGACAAUGACGGAAGUCCUGAAGAGACAAAACUCCAAAUCCAAGAAGGGCUACAACCAGCAGCUGAGUGUCACAGAGGUGAAGGUGGACAAGGUACAUGUCACCGGAGGCGACAACACCACCUUCGCUGUGUGUCUGGACCAGGAUGAGAAAAAGAUCUUCCAGAGUGUCACCAAGUGUGAGGUAUCCGUGUGCUACAAACCAGACAGCUCAUCUGACUGGAGGUUGGGCAAGACGUUGCCUGGGCAGAUCCAGCCCCUGAACCCCACCUUCUGCUCUCUCCUCUGCCUGCCCAUAGCCACCUUUAGUGGGGCACAGCCUUGAGACCAGUGGCCCUUCAGUGGAUCCUCACCUUGGCGAAAAACCUGGGAGAAGCCGUGAGAAACUGGUCUAGUUGGUGGAAAGAGACAUUUUAUCUGCUGGACACUAUGGUUUAUGUGAAUACUGUACAUAUGUGUAUUUAUGUGUGAAAAUAACUUAUAAUGUGCACCUUGGUAAUACGUUUUGUACACUGUAAUCGGUGCCCAGCAAUACUGAAAGCACUGACGCACUGAAGUUGUUACCCUGUCUACAGCAAUACAGCACUCGUUUCCUGAAUUUAAAAUGGAACAAUUACACUGACUUGACAAGGCCAGCAGGAGGCUCUGUUUCAUCAUUCUCACAACAAACUUUGUUGUCUGGCAGAUUUGUAACUAAUUUUACAUUUUGCUUCCACAAACACCUCUUUCAAAUAAUUCAUUUGUUUGUAGAUUUAAUGUAUAAAUUGAGCAUUGUAUAUAUUUAUCAUUGUAUUUCACUCUGUGUUGGACAUAUGUAAUUCAUAAUUAAUUGAAGCCUGAUCUUGUGUGUAACUUGUGGUUCUAGAGAAUAUAGGAUGUAAAUAUCUAGACCUCGUCUUCAAAUCAGAACUUGAUGAACGUAAUUUAUUUCAAUCUCUGGUCUUGCACUGAAAGCAGAUCUUUCUUUUCAAUAAGACAUACUAUAGUUUUGUCUGUCAAACAUUGCUGCACCAGCACAUGACUUCUCCGAAAUACUAGAGAUCAACAAAAAAACAAAAAAGAUUAAUACAAAUAUGAAUCAAAAUUGUUGUAUGGUACGUCAAUGACAAAAUAACAAACUAGUUGUCUGGCACGAUUUUCUCUUCCUUGUGGUACAAAAAUGACAGUAGUUUUGUGUGGUUUAUGUUAUGUGAAUGUAUACUUUGUAUAAUCUAAGAAAUGUACAAAUUAAAGAUAUUUCAAUAAAACUUGGAACGUCUUUUUAAAUGAC